AUGAAGAACACUGUCUUUGCUCUUUCUGCCCUUGUCGGCACUGCUCUUUCCAGCCCUCUGGUCACUGGAUUGGAUUUCGCCCAGAUCAACGACGUCGUCGCCACUGCCAUCGUCACUGGAGCUCCCAUCGGCGCCACUGCCACCAGCAGCUACGCUGAUGCGUCGGCUGUGAAUGCCGCCAGCUCCGCGGCCACGGCUGCCAUCAGCGCUGCCUACAAGGUGAAGCGCCACUUCCGUACGACUUCGACCUCGACCUCGACCAGCUGCACGACGACGUCGACCAGCUCCAGCACCUCGACUUCCACCUCGAGCAGCUCCACCAGCACUUCAACCUCGGCCAUCGUUGACGUCAGCCUGCCGACAUCGACCUCUCCGUUCUGCACUGCGCUGGCCACCGGUGCCGGUCCUGUCCCGACCCCUGACACGGCCUCUGCCUUCCUGGCGUACGCUCCCUUCCACGCCUCGGCCACCGCCCAGGCAGCCGCCGUGCCGACCAACUACGACCUGAGCUUCACCGACCAGAACGGCGCCUCGCAGCUCAGCACGUACCUGACGUACAAGACGCUCGACACGUACAGCGCCAGCUCGUGCGCCGCCUUCUGCGACGCCACCGCCCUGUGCACCGGCUUCAACAUCUACUUCGAGCGCGACCCCAGCAUGGACGGCAACGCCGACAUCUGCCUGCUGGCCGACCUCGCCUCGACGACCAACAUCAAGUGUGCCCUGUUCGGCAGCUCCGUCAGCGCCGACUCGGCCACCAACACGGGCCAGUACCGCAACCUCUUCCAGGUCGUCAUCACCGGCUCCAACGGCUACAACAAAAAGGCCGCCGUCGUCACCCCUCCCUCCUGCAACUCGGGCUCCAAGAACAACGGCUGGAAAUCCGGCACCAAGUGCAACGGCGGCGGCGUCAUGAUCAAGGCCGGCGCCCUCGUCGGCCAGCGCUUCUUCGCGGGGCCCUACAACCCGGCUCAGUGCGCCGCCUACGCCGAGGCUCAGGUCGCCAAGAACAAGGCCGCCGCCGGCUGGUGGACCCUCUUCCGCUACCAGCCCUGCAACAGCUUCAACGCUGUUGCUGUUGUUAAGAACAAGUUGACCGUCGGCACCUACUGCUCGCUCUUCAACGUCGACGUCUCGGCCAGCACCUGCAGCUACACCGGUGGCAAGUCUGGCUCCGACUCCUUCGAGGUUUCCUUCUCCAACAACUACGCCUGCAAGACCUAUGAUAACGGCAACCUCCUCUGGUAA